CCUGAUAGAAUAACAAUUAAGUAAGAUACAUUUAGUAAAAUGAGUAAAUAAGAUAAGUAAAUAAAAUAGGUAAAGUAAGCUAAAAAAAAACAGAAAAGAAGCUUUCAGCUGUCCUUCCUGCAGAAGGGGAAGGAUGAUCUACUAGCUAUAUAUAAGCUUAUGCGGUCUCAAAACUUCCUUUUGUAUUACGUUGGAAGUUGGUUUGCUGUAUUGCAAGACCUCAUCGUUUCUCCUUUUUUGCUGUAGGCUCGCUUGGUGAUGAGUGUGAGCGUCAUUUCAGUCCAGUCUGUGAAAAUGGUGACAGCCAUCGUGUUACUGAGCGUCUUCUUUCUCUCAGGUGCUUUGGCUGUUUGUCAACAAAGAACACUCCUGUUCAUGACUGCACCAAAGAAGAUGGAAGCACUGAGUGGAUCUUGUCUGCAAAUCCCAUGUAACUUUACAGUUAAAUCAGAAGAGGAAUUGAACAGCACAAGACCGACCUUCGGAGUGUGGAUGAAAAAUGACAAAUAUUUUGCCAACAAACCACAUAAUGUGAUUUUCAACAGUAGCUGGAUGGAUAAUAUCUAUCCAAUGAGUCUUACUGGAGACCUGAGUCAGCAAAACUGCACCACUUUAUUUUCCAAUUUAAUCACAAAUUACACAGACAGGUACUACUUCAGAAUUGAGAACAGACCAUUCAUGUCAACAGCUCAAUGUAAUCCUCUUCAAAUAACAGUCAAAGAUUCUCCUCCGAGGCCCAGCAUUGAGAUCUCAGGUGAUCUGAAGGAGAAUCAGUCUGUCACUAUAACCUGCUCAGCUUUCACUCCCUGUCCACACUCCCCUCCUGAACUCACCUGGACUCUCCAACAAGACCCUCACAACAAAAUAGAGGAAAACACAGAUGGAACCUUCACAACUAAAAUUCAGACGACCUUCACUCUGUCAGACGAACAUGAUGGAUUCAUCAUCACCUGUUCAGCCAGAUAUCCUGUAAAUGAAGGAAAAGACUUCAAGACAGCAGAGGAGAGAACGACGCUCAGUGUUUCACACUCUCUCAGGGACACCUCGGUGGUCAUCAAUCCAACUGAUCCAGUGUCAGUCGGCAGCGUGGUGAAUCUGACUUGCUCCUGCAGAGGAAACCCUGUUGUCAACUUUGUCUGGUUCAUGACCAGUGAUGGCAGACUGGAAAUUAACAAAGUUGACACACAGGUUUACGGCUUUACGGUGACCAGCAGUGAUCGAGGCAGAUUGUAUUAUUGUGGAUGCAGAAAUGAUCUGGACAUUCAGCUGUCGACGGGACGUCAGUUGGUAUUUGAAGGUGAUCAACAGUCUGGACUGAUUGGCGUUCAAGUCAUAGUGAAGAUCCUGGGAAUCAUAUUGCUCGUCAGUACGUUGGUCAUCUUUGAGUGCUGGUUUAGAUCAAGAAACUCCACCAAACCAAUGAAGGACGCAGUAGAAUUAGACUAUGUCAACAGUGCGUUUGCGUUACAGCCAUCAUGAGCCAGAAGGAGAGGAGGAAGAGGUCAUGUUAACUAUAAAUGGAGCUACAUAUUGUAUUGUCUAUUCUGUAUUCAUUAAUCUUAGUGUGCCACUUACAAUAAAGUGUAAAUUUUCUCUAAAUACUAAACAGUAUUACUUUCUUUAAAGAUGACUCCAGACUUGGGUGAAUAAUAUAUAUAAUAAUAUAUGUGUCUUUGUUAAAAAAUUUGUAUCUCAUGUUGAACUGAUUCAUGGCACCUGUUUUUUUCUUUUGGUCUGAACGUGAUAGUUUGGGUGGUUUGAAGUGGGGUUGUAUGAGGUACUUAUCCAUAGUCAGUAUUAGGGCUGUCAAAGUUAACGCAAUAAUAAGGCGUUAACACAAAUUUGUUUUAACGCCACUAAUUUCAUU